GGCGCCGUCCCUGCCCUCGUCCCCGGGCGCCCCCUUCCCUCCCACCUCCCUCCCGUUCCUCCGCCGGGCACGCGGGGCUCCGGUGCAGGCCGACCCGCAGCCGCGUGGGAGCCGUGCCGAAGCGGCCUCCGCGGGGCUCGGGCUCUGGAGCGAGGCCGGACCGGGCCGCGCAGGCCCACGGGGCCCGCCUGCUGCCCGCGGGCCGAGCGGCGUCCGGCUCCCGUCGCGCCGGCCACGCUGGCCUCCCGGCUGCGGCCCUGACGUGGCGCGGACGGACUCCGAGGGAGGGCGCCGCGGGGGACGCGGUCCGCUCUGGCCGGCGGCCUCCGCCCUCCCCCGAGGCCGCGGGAGGGGACUCGGCCUCCUUUCGGGCGGCUCCGCGCGCGCCGGCGGGGAAGUCCUGAGUGACCUUUCCAAUGAAUGGCGCGGGCGGGAGCGGCGCGUCCCUGCCUCCGCGGACUCCGGGGAGGACUGGCUUCGGGGCGCGGCUGGCGCGGCUGCGCGGACGCGCGGGUUCUGCUCCGGGAGGGUGUGCCCGGCCUUGGCGGGGCGCGGGGGAGGCCCGCGCUGGUCAGGGAGGAGCCGUGCUGUGGCUGCUUGGUCUUCGGUGAAGAUUGUCGGGAGGCGCCCCCCCGCCGCCCUCUCCCGCUCCGUCCUGUGCGUCCUGCUCUCCGGGCGGCUCGUCCAUCGUCUCCGGCGGCCCUGGGAGCGGUCCCGGCCGCCUCGAUCCCCGGGCUCUGCCUUCCGCUUCUUGGAAAAGCAGUGAAUGGAAAUCAACAAUGUUUGUAAUGAAGAACAUCAGACUCUGAGCUGUAACCUGAAUUCUUGUCCAAAAUUCAGCACACUGGCAGCGAGCACACGACACAGACUGCCACUUGGCCUGUCGACGUCUUUGAGACACACUUGCCCACCUAGGAAGGCACAGUGCAGGGUGAGCUUGUCGGCCACAGACUGUUACAUUGUGCACGAGAUCUACAAUGGGGAGAACGCGCAAGACCAGUUUGAGUAUGAGCUGGAGCAGGCCCUGGAAGCCCAGUACAAGUACAUCGUGAUCGAGCCCACCCGCAUCGGCGAUGAGACCGCACGCUGGAUCACCGUGGGCAACUGUCUGCACAAGACCACCGUGCUGGCGGGCACCGCUUGCCUCUUCACCCCACUGGCACUGCCCCUAGAUUACUCCCACUACAUCUCCCUGCCCGCGGGCGUGCUGAGCCUGGCCUGCUGCACCCUCUACGGCAUCUCCUGGCAGUUUGACCCCUGCUGCAAGUACCAAGUGGAGUACGACGCCUAUAAACUGUCCCGCCUGCCCCUGCACACACUCACCUCCUCCACCCCCGUGGUGCUGGUCCGGAAGGACGACUUGCACAGAAAGAGACUGCACAACACGAUAGCGCUCGCCGCCCUGGUGUACUGUGUAAAGAAGGUGUACGAGCUCUACGCCGUAUGAUCGCACGCCCCGAGGGAGCAGGCAGCCGGCCCACAGGAGACAGCAGAGUAUGCAGGUCGCACAGGAACAUUUUUUUGCUCCAUGAGGCAAUGGAGCCCGGGAAGGUGUUUGGUUUAAUAGUUGUUAUUUUUUAAAAAUAACACAGAUCACAAAUGUACCAAGGGUUUUUUCAACUCGCCACACUAAGCUGUGGAUUUCUGCAACCCACAGGGAGUCUGAGGCCAUGGGAUUCUGACUGGGCAUAGAAUGUUGAUGGGAGCUGAGGGGGGUGAGUGUGCUGGGGUGGGGUCUUGAAGUUUAUUGUUUAACUACCUUCCAGAGCCAACCAGAAGCAAUUGACCAUUAAAAUGAUGAGAAUUUCAA